AUGCCAGAUAAAGUUUAUGAAUGGCGUAAAUUUCUUCAAAAUCUUGUUGAGAAUUUUGAAAUGUUUUUUGCUGAUGAGCUAUCAGGAGCAGUGGAUGCCUUAUCUAGUGAAGAAUUUGGUGUAUUCUUUGAUAAUUUAGAAAAAGGAAUUAACAAAGCAUUAGAGCAUUUUGAAAAAUGGUUUUUAUCUUGGCUUCAUCUGCCAUUGGUUAUUUGUCAUCUUGGUGGGGAUAAUGGUAAAUCCUUUGCUUCUAGUUUUCAUCAUGUGGUUUUAGAAAAACCUUGGAUUAAACCACCAACAGAUUUAGAGCUGUGGUAUGCAGAAGAACUAGAAAAUGAUUUAAAAAAUGGAAUAACCAAUGACUUUGGUUUAAAUGAAUUGCUGUUAGAAAAUAGUAAUUUUCUCAGAGAGUUUGAACAAUUCUGUAUUGAUGAAAAAUCAUUUAUUUACAAUUUUCCAGAUUUAUAUGAUUUUGUUAAGACUCGGAUUUAUUUUAUUAUAAUUCACCAACAGCAGGUAGAAGGUCUUUUUAACAAAUUAGACUUAAAACCACAUCCAAACAUGACACUAUCAUUAAAGCAAUCAAAACUUCAAUUAUCCUCAAAUAAAAUUGCUAAAGAAAAUUAUUCAGAUGGAUUAAACGAAAUAAGAGCAAAGAGAAAUGCAACAAAGAAAAUUCCCCUUCAAGAAAUUCAAUUACAACAAUUUGGAUCUGGGAUUGCUUCAGAACUUUUCAAUAAAUUAUUAUGUUAA